UAAAAAAGAUGGUGUCUCGCGUGAUCUAGAAGAUAGAGUGUGUAACCAGAUUGAAUUCGUAAACGCGGAGUUCAAAGCUACAAUGUACAACUUUUUGGCCUAUGUAAAACAUUUAAAUGGUCACAAUGAGGCCGCCCUGGAGUGCCUACGGCGAGCUGAGGAGCUGGUCCAGCGAGAGCACUCUGAUCAAGCAGAAAUCAAAAGUCUGGUCACCUGGGGGAACUAUGCCUGGGUCUACUACCACCUGGGCAGAUUCGCAGACGCUCAGAUGUAUGUGGACAAGGUGAAACUAGUAUGCGAGAAGUUUUCAAAUCCAUACAGUAUGGAGUGCCCUGAGCUUGACUGUGAAGAAGGGUGGACACUGCUAAAGUGUGGAGGAAAGCACAACGAAAGGGCCAAGGUGUGUUUCGAGAAGGCUUUGGAAAAGAAGCCCAACAACCCAGAAUUCUUUUCUGGACUGGCCAUCGCGACAUACCGUUUGGAUAAUAACCCACAGAAGCCAUUCUCUCUCGAUGUUCUGAAGCAGGCCCUUGAGCUGAGUCCUGACGAUCAGUAUAUCAAAGUGCUCUUGGCCCUGAAACUGCAGAAGAUGAAUGAAGAAGCUAAAGGGGAGUGCUUGGUUGCAGAGGCCAUGGAGAAAACUCCUUGCCCAGCAGAUGUCCUUUGCCAUGCAGCCACAUUUUACAAAAAUAAAGGUGAUCUAGACAAAGCUAUUGAACUGUUUCUACGGGCAUCAGAAUCCAUUCCAAACAAUGGUUACCUGUAUCACCAGAUUGCGUGCUGCUAUAAGGCAAAAGUCAAACAGAUUCAGAAUGCAGGAGAAUCUGAAGCAAGCAAGAAUGGGGAGAAGAUUAAAGAACUAAAGAAAUAUGCUAUUAACUAUAUGAUCAAAGCUACUGAGAAAGGAGUAGAUCCUCUGCACGCAUAUUCUGAUGUCACCAUGCUCCUGGAAAGGGAAGACUAUUAUCAGACACCUUUCGGUAAGGAGCACCCCAACACUGAGAGGCGACAACCCCACCAGCAGUACUGCGACUUUGAGGGACAUCAUGGGAAGUCUGAAGACACUGCUGUCCAACGUGACUUAGAGGGUGUGCCCUCAAGCACAAAGCCAGCUGAGGAGGGAAAGAUGAAAUGCCCACCACAGAACAUAGCUGGAAAUCAGCUUCCACAAAAUGCAGCCAAUUCUUGGUAUCUCCAAGGAUUAUUCCAUAAGCUGAAAGGAGAGCUGCUGCAGGCAGCUGAAUGUUACGAGAAGGAACUGGGAAACCUCUUAAGAAACAGCCCUACCGGCAUAGGCACCUUUUUCCUGCCAUCCCCUGAGCUUGAACAAGACGGGGAGGAGGCAGGUCAGGGCCCGUGCAGCCCUGGUCUCAGAGCUCCCCAAGCCUGAGCUGACACACAGGGGAGGGACCAGCGCAGUCAGGGAACGUGGGGUGCUGGUCUUGCUUACUGCUUGAGGGCACAUCUGUAGAGUUGGGUCCUCAUGUCUGUCUCCCCUGUGCGGAUCAGCCACACACACUUCUCUAGUCCACAGGCCUUCUAAUACACUUAGCAGGGGAAACAGUGCUUCAGGCCCACAUGCCACUGAGGAAUUCUCAGUUUGCACUCAGUUCACCGGAUAGCCCCCUUUUCUGCCCUUCUUGCCGAGGGCUGGAGCUGGGCUGAUUCCUCCCGGCUCUGCCCUGCUGCUAUCUAACCUUCCAGACCCCUUGAAAGACCACCUUUUGACUAACCCUGGAAUAUUCCUGAUGUCGUACUCUUGGCUUCAGCCAUGUAUUUAUAUAUAUUCUUGAUUGUGAUAUGCAGUAAAUAUGUAUUCUUGACAGCAAUGCUACAAUAAACUUUAAAAUUUUGACUCAGGAUAAA